AUGUCUUCCUCGAAACUGUACCUGGCCGUCAUCGGCGUCGGUGGUGUGGGCACCUGUUUCCUCUCCCAACUUUCCUCCCUGCCAGCUCGCCUGCGGCCCAACGUGAUCUUCGUCUCCCGCUCGUCAAAACAACUGUACAAUUCAUCCUACACCCCUGUCAACGCCUCCGACCUCCAGUCCUCGUCCUCGAAACUCCUCUCCAUCCCUGACGAACUGAUCCGAUACCUCUCCUCCGCGCCGGGCAAAGUCAUCCUCGUCGACAACACCUCCAGCCAAGAUGUCGCAAACGCGUACCCGUCGUUCCUGCGCAAGGGCAUCAGCGUGGUAACGCCCAACAAAAAGGCCUUCUCAGGCUCGCUACAACUGUGGAACGACAUCUUCUCCGCGGUCGACUCGUCACAGGGCAACGCACUGGUCUACCAUGAAUCAAGCGUGGGCGCGGGCCUGCCCGUCAUCUCCACGCUCAAGGAUCUAGUCGCGACGGGCGACCAGGUCACGCGCAUCGAGGGCGUCUUCUCCGGAACCAUGUCCUUCCUGUUCAACUCCUUCGCCCCGGCGGACGGGACCGGCAAGGACAAGUGGUCGGAGAUCGUCAAGCAGGCCAAAGAGGCCGGCUACACGGAGCCCGACCCGCGAGAUGACCUCAACGGGAUGGACGUCGCGAGGAAGCUCACGAUCCUUGCGCGGCUGGCCGGCCUGAAGGUCCAAGGGCCGGACUCGUUCCCCGUGCAAAGCCUGAUACCUAAGGAGUUGGAAAGCGCAAAGUCCAGCGACGAGUUCAUGACGCGGCUGCCGGAGUUUGACUCGGAGAUGGAAUCGUACAAGGAUAAUGCGGCGAGGCAGGGCAGAGUCGUGCGUUAUGUAGGAUCUGUGGACGUCGGCGCUGGCAAGGUCAAGGUCGGGUUGGAGAUGGUGGAGAAGGGCACGCCCAUCGCGAGCCUGCGAGGGAGUGAUAAUCUGAUUUGCUUCUAUACGAAGCGGUAUGGGUCGAAUCCGUUAGUGAUUCAGGGGGCCGGCGCCGGUGGAGAGGUCACGGCCAUGGGCGUCACGGGGGAUCUUAUCAAGGUGGUGGAGAGGUUGUCGUAG